AUGUCGUCAUCUUCAUCCGAUGAAGUCGAAGAAAGACUGGAUGAAAUUUUCGAAGAAAUCGUCGAAGAUACAUACAAUGAAAUAGUCGGGUCCCGUACCAAUAAGCAAAUGAGACGUGCUUAUAUAGAACGCAACCGUGAAGCAGGACACAACCGUUUGUGGAAUGACUACUUCAGCGAAGAUUCUACAUUCUCCCCCCAAUUAUUCAGACGCCGGUUCCGCAUGAAUAAGGAAUUAUUUAUGCGUAUUGUCGAUGGCCUCUCAGAGAACGUUCCAUUCUUUCAACAAAGAAGAGAUGCAACCGGCAGGUUAGGCCUUUCUCCACUGCAAAAAUGUACAGCAGCUAUUCGUCUGCUUGCUUAUGGUGCUGCGGCUGACACAGUGGAUGAAUAUCUCCGAAUUGGUGAAAGCACGGCACUUUCGUGUUUACACCAUUUCACUGACGGAAUAAUACAAUUAUUUGGAGAAGAGUAUCUACGAAGACCCACACCAGAGGAUCUCCAACGACUGCUCGAUAUUGGAGAAAAACGGGGCUUUCCUGGGAUGGUCGGAAGCAUUGACUGUCGGGCCCCCAGGGUAAAGUACGUGGUCAACGGACACACGUAUAAGUUGGCGUACUACCUCACAGACGGUAUAUAUCCAAAAUGGUCAACAUUUAUCCAAUCUAUCACACUCCCUCAAAGUCCUAAACAAGAGUUAUUUGCUAAAGUUCAAGAAGCAACCCGAAAAGAUGUGGAGCGGGCUUUUGGAGUACUACAAUCCCGGUUUGCGAUUGUGAGAAACCCGUCUCUUACAAUGAACAAAGCAAAGAUAGGGAAGAUUAUGAGAGCAUGUAUCAUACUACACAAUAUGGUAGUCGAAAAUGAACGAGAUGGAUACAUUCAUUACGAUAUAUCUGAAUUUGAAGAAGGAGACGUAACCAGAAGUUCAGAGGUCGAAACCGAGAGGCCUACAAAUCUGAAUAAUAUGUUUCCCACUCGGAAUGAUCUUCGUGAUAGGCAUAUGCAUGAACGAUUGAAGAAUGAUUUAAUCGAAAAUAUUUGGAACAAAUUUGGUGAUGAAGAUUACUAA